GUUUGUUGCGCAGGCGGAACUGGGGGGAGGGAGUAAACUAUUACCACGUGACGUUCGGGUCAGGUGGUUGGGCAAGCCUCCGCGCUCGAGCUGUGACUGGCUGACUCUAAUAAGAAGACGCCACUAGGGGCGGGGCGAAGAGGGGCGCAAGCUCACUGCGUUUUGAGUCUCGGGACCCCUGUUGGAGAGACUAUGGCGCUCAACAAGAAUCAUUCGGAGGGCGGCGGAGUGAUCGUCAACAACACGGAGAGCAUCCUCAUGUCCUAUGAUCAUGUGGAACUCACAUUCAAUGACAUGAAGAACGUGCCAGAAGCCUUCAAAGGGACCAAGAAAGGCACCGUCUACCUUACCCCUUACCGGGUCAUCUUUCUGUCCAAGGGCAAGGAUGCCAUGCAGUCCUUUAUGAUGCCAUUUUAUCUCAUGAAAGACUGUGAGAUCAAGCAGCCUGUAUUUGGUGCAAACUACAUCAAGGGAACAGUGAAGGCAGAAGCAGGAGGUGGCUGGGAAGGCUCUGCUUCCUACAAGUUGACUUUCACGGCAGGGGGCGCCAUUGAGUUUGGACAGCGGAUGCUCCAAGUGGCAUCUCAAGCCUCCAGAGGUGAAGCCCCCAAUGGAGCCUAUGGCUACUCUUACAUGCCCAGCGGGGCCUAUGUCUAUCCCCCGCCAGUCGCCAAUGGAAUGUACCCCUGCCCUCCUGGCUACCCCUAUCCACCGCCCCCGCCUGAGUUCUAUCCAGGACCCCCAAUGAUGGAUGGGGCCAUGGGAUACGUGCAGCCCCCACCACCGCCCUAUCCUGGGCCCAUGGAACCUCCGGUCAGCGGUCCCGAUGUCCCCUCCACUCCUGCAGCCGAAGCCAAGGCCGCAGAAGCAGCCGCCAGCGCCUACUACAACCCAGGCAAUCCUCACAACGUCUACAUGCCCACGAGCCAGCCGCCACCACCUCCCUACUACCCACCGGAAGAUAAGAAGACCCAGUAGGCCCUCCUGCCUCCCUGCCUCCCACCCUUAUCUCUGUACCCUACCCCUCCCAUCGGGGCUGCCCUGGGGCUGGGGGAGGGGAGGGGGCGCCUUGUUCUCCCUCCAGGUCUGAUCAUAAACAAUUACCAGAAACUAGCAUUGUGGGACAUUAGGGCCUCUGGCCUCAGGAGAGGUGCCGCCCAGCUUCCCAUGCCAGCCCAGAGCCCACAACGCUGCCCAGUGUGCCUCAUGCACCGUCUGGGGCUUUCCUGGGAGCACAGGGCAUCCCCUGUUCCUGUUUCACUCUCAGCUUCUCCCCUCAAAGGGACUCUCUGGCCACCUCCUCCACCGCAGUCCAGCUCCCUCAGUCUGGCAGCCGCUGCUACACUCAGCCUCAUGAGCCACUUCAGACCAGCCAGGUGUCUUCCCCGGCCCUGCCAGGCCCUGCUCACAUUCCCUCCGCUGGUCUAUGCUGGUCUCAGAAGGCCACCGUGUCCACAUUCCACUCAGCCAGGGUCCAGCUGCAGCCCCGCCACCCGUCCUUCCCUUCCUUGUCCUGGGUCAUGCUGUUGCCACCCCGUGUGACUUUUGAAGCUGUAAAAUGAGCUUCCAGGGCUUGGGUGGCGUCUGGGCAGGGCCACCGAGGCUGGGAGGAAGCGCUUCUGCCUUUUGCUGGUGUUUCUGGAAUUUGCUGUCCCUCACCUCUCACUUCCCUCUAGAAGGAGUUUCCCGACUGGAACCAGAGGAUGCAUGUCUGUCCACUUUUGGGCUGCUGGGUGGGGCUGGAAACAAGGGCCCCUGACCCUUCGUGCCAGCCGGGACCUGCCACUAGCCCCCCAGCCUGCUUCUUCCCCUUAAGCUUCGUGCCCCUGGAUGCGCUAACAUUCGCUCUUGUUUGUUCCUGGACUGGCCAUGACGUGAGGAGAAGGUUAUCUAAAGAGAAUUCCCUAUUUAUUUGACAAAAAAUCCAGUUAAUAUAUUAAUGUGAAAUAAACCCUGUUUGCACCUUGAUUUGUUUGCUGAAAAUGUGAAAUAGUAAAAAUGAAGUAACUGGA